AAAGAAAGGGCGUAGUGCCUUGCUAGCUGUCAAGACAGCAGGUCCAACAGCUGCGUUUUCAGCUAGCCAGCUUCCCUCUGAAAAGGACGAAACACAGUAUGAUCUUCGUGCAGCCAGGAGUUACCCUACGCUUGAUGAUGAAGGCAGGCCAGACCUGCUACCCUGCACGCCUCCUUCCUUUGAAGAAGCUACUACGGCCUCCAUAGCCACAACACUAUCUUCAACAUCUCUCUCUGUUCCUGAGCGAUCCCCUUCGGAGACCUCUGAGCAGCCCAGGUACAGGAGGCGCACACACUCCUCAGGGCAGGAUGGCAGGUCACACGAGGAGGUGCGAGUUGAGGAGGAGCUUCAGCAGAUCAGCGUCGAGCUGGAGCCCAAGUGUGAUGUUGAGAUCGUAGCUCCCAAAGAAGAUGACAAAGAAGAGGCGGCUUCUUCAGCCUGUGCCAUUGUAACGUCCACGGCUACAAUAGAGGUGGAGACAGCCAGCCAGGCCCCCGAACCAGCCAGCCAGGCCUCGGAUGAAGAUGACGUGCCAGUCACAGACAUAUACUUUCUCCGACUCUGGCGAUGAGAGACAGAAAUGGAAGAAGAAGAAAAGCAAAAGCAGGGACCAGCACCAUAAAAGCCAGAAGAAACAUCGCUCGCGGUCCCGGGAUCGCUCCUCUGGCUCAAGCUCAGAGCAUGACCGAGACAAGAGGAGAGCCCGGAGCAGAGAGCGGCGGAGGAAGAGAGAUGGCUCUAAGUCUUCUGUGUCCUCUGUCAGCUCUCCCUCCCCACCGCGGUCCCAGGGCAGGGAGGAGACAGGGCAGCAGCUGAGCCUCCAGGAGCGCUUGAGGCUGAAGGAGGAGAAGAAGAAGCAGGCUGCACUCAUGAAAGCCUUGGAAACACCCGAGGAGAAACGGGCUCGCCGGCUGGCCAAGAAGGAGGCCAAGGAGAGGAAGAAGCGGGAGAAGAUGGGAUGGGGAGAGGAGUACAUGGGUUACACCAAUACCGACAAUCCCUUUGGGGACAACAACCUGCUAGGCACCUUCAUCUGGAGUAAGGCACUGGAAAAGAAAGGAAUCAGCCACCUGGAUGAGAAGGACCUGAAGGAGAGGAACAAGAGAAUCCAGGAGGACAAUCGUCUGGAGUUGCAGAAGGUGAAGCAGCUGCGCCUGGAGCGGGAGCGGGAGAAGGCGAUGCGUGAGCAGGAGCUGGAGAUGCUACAGCGGGAGAAAGAGGCAGAGCACUUCAAAACCUGGGAGGAGCAGGAGGACAACUUCCACCUGCAGCAGGCCAAGCUGCGGUCUAAGAUCCGGAUUCGGGAUGGGAGGGCAAAACCUAUUGACCUUCUAGCCAAGUACAUCAGUGCAGAAGAUGACGACCUGGCCGUGGAGAUGCAUGAGCCCUACACCUUCCUGAACGGCUUGACCGUCUCUGACAUGGAGGAUCUGGUAGAGGACAUCCAGGUUUACAUGGAGCUGGAGCAAGGGAAGAACGUGGACUUCUGGAGGGACAUGACCAUCAUCACAGAGGAUGAGAUAGCCAAGCUCCGCAAACUGGAGGCCUCUGGGAAAGGAGGACCAGGGGAGCGUCGGGAUGGUGUCAACGCGUCCGUCAGCUCAGAUGUGCAGUCUGUGUUCAAGGGGAAGACAUACAACCAGCUGCAAGUGCUAUACCAGGGCAUCGAGAGCAAGAUCCGGGCAGGAGGACCCAACCUUGACAUUGGGUACUGGGAGAGCCUGCUGCAGCAGCUGAAGGCUUACAUGGCUCGGGCCAGGCUGCGGGAGCGGCACCAGGAUGUGCUGCGCCAGAAGCUGUACAAGUUGAAGAAGGAGCAGGGUGUGAGCAGAGAACAAGGGUACCAUCCCCAUCCCAGUUCUCUAUUCUCUCUUCCUUGCAGGCUGGAUCCAGAGGAGAGCAUUGCGGUACAGCCGGGGCCAUCCUCGGAGACGGAGGCUGAGCAGGACUCAGAGGCCAAAGGAGAGGCAGAGGGGGAAGCUGUGCUGAUGGAGGAAGACCUGAUCCAGCAGAGCCUGGAUGACUACGACGCUGGGAAGUACAGCCCCCGGCUGCUGGGCACCAAUGAGCUGCCGUUUGACGCCCACGUGCUGGAGGAGGAGGAGGAUACGCUUCUGCGUCAGCAGCUCCAGGUCACAGGUGAUGCCACCGAGAGUGCUGAUGACAUCUUCUUCCGUAAGGCCAAGGAGGGCAUGGGCGCAGACGAGGCACAGUUCAGCGUGGAAAUGCCCCUCACAGGCAAGGCCUAUCUCUGGGCUGACAAGUAUCGGCCCCGGAAGCCCCGCUUCUUCAACCGGGUACACACAGGCUUUGAGUGGAACAAGUACAACCAGACCCACUAUGACUUCGACAACCCUCCUCCAAAGAUUGUGCAGGGCUACAAGUUCAACAUCUUCUACCCCGAUCUCAUCGACAAACGCUCAACGCCUGAGUACUUCCUGGAGGCCUGCCAGGACAACAAGGACUUUGCCAUCCUGCGCUUCCAUGCCGGGCCGCCCUACGAGGACAUUGCCUUCAAGAUUGUCAACCGGGAGUGGGAGUAUUCCCACCGCCACGGCUUCCGCUGCCAGUUUGCCAAUGGGAUCUUCCAGCUCUGGUUCCACUUCAAGCGUUACCGUUACCGCAGAUGAGGGGCUGCUCAACUCCCCUCCGGACCUUUGGCACAGGGGGGUGGGCAGGGUCUCGUCCCCUGUCACAGGCACUGUCCCACGGAUGUCCCCAAGCUCUAGCCCAGCACAGGACCUAUUCCUGGGGGUUUUCCCUGUCCUUGCUUUUAUCCUGAGGGACCCUGAGACUUUGGUACAAAUAAAUAGGGGGUUGUAUAAGCC